AUGGAUCCAGUCCUGGUGUUCCUGCUCUCUUUCUCUCUCUUCCUUCUCUUUUCACUCUGGGCACAGAGCUGUGGGAAAGGGAAGCUUCCGCCUGGCCCCACUCCUCUCCCAAUUAUUGGAAAUAUCCUACAGUUCAACGUGAAGAAUACCUACCAAUCCUUCUGCAAAUUCUCAAAAACCUAUGGCCCCGUGUUCACUCUGUAUUUUGGCAUGAAGCCCAUAGUGGUGUUGCAUGGGUAUGAAGCAGUGAAGGAAGCCCUGGUUGAUCUGGGAGAGGAAUUUUCUGGAAGAGGCGCCCAUGCAGUGCUUGACAAAAUUAAUAAAGGUCACGGAGUCGUUUUCAGCAACGGAAAUACUUGGAAGGAAAUGAGACGCUUCUCUGUCACAAUCCUGCGGAAAUUCGGGAUGGGCAGGAGGAGCAUUGAAGACCGUAUUCGGGAGGAAGCCUGCCGCCUAGUGGACGAACUGAGAAAAACCAAGGGCACUCCCUGCGAUCCCACUUUCAUUCUGAAAUGUGCUUCCUGCAAUGUGAUCAGCUCCAUAAUUUUCAAGACUCAUUUUGAUUAUGCGGAUCAGACUUUCCUUAAGUGGAUGGAAAAAAAAGAUGAAAAUACCAAGAUUCUGUGCUCCUCAUGGAUCCAGGUCUGCAACUCUUUCCCCAUGCUCAUAGAUUAUAUCCCAGGGUGUCAUAACACAUUCAUUAAAAAUGCUGCUGAGGAAAAUGCACUUAUUUUGGAGAAAAUAAAAGAACACCAAGAAUCCUUGGAUAUUAAUAAUCCUCGGGACUUUAUUGAUUGCUUCCUGAUCAAAAUGGAACAGGAAAAAUACAGUCAACAAUCUGAAUUUACUAUUGAAAACUUGAUAACCACAACAAGUGACCUGUUUGGAGCUGGGACAGAGACAACAAGCAGCACCCUUAGAUACGGACUCCUGCUUCUGAUGAAGUACCCUGAGGUCACAGCUAAAGUCCAGGAAGAGAUUGACCAUGUGGUUGGCAGACACCGAAUCCCCUGCAUGCAGGACAGGGGCAGGAUGCCCUACACAAAUGCUGUGCUGCACGAGAUCCAGAGAUAUGCUGACAUUGCCUCUACCAUCUUGCCCCACAUGGUGACUCGUGACACUAAAUUCAGAAACUACCUCAUCCCCAGGGGAACAAACAUAUUAAUAUCACUGACAUCUGUGCAUUAUGACAGCAAAGGAUUCCCUAACCCAGAGAUAUUUGACCCUGGACACUUUUUGGAUGAGAGUGGCAACUUUAAGAACAGUGACUACUUCAUGCCUUUCUCAACAGGAAAACGAAUUUGUGUGGGACAGAGCCUAGCCCAAAUGGAGCUGUUUUUAUUCCUAACCAUCAUUUUACAGAAAUUUACCUUGAAGCCUGUGGUUGACCCAAAGGACAUUGACACCACCCCAACUACAAGUGGAUUACUUUCGUUGCCACCCUUAUAUCAGCUCUGCUUCAUUCCUGUCCUGAACAGGACAGAUAAUCUGAUGACUGCUGCGCUGUCGCCUGCAAUUCCCCAACCGUGA